AUGGCGCUUUCAGCUUCCCCGGUUCAGGAAGAAGAGCUGCUGCAGCCUGCAGAGAGGCAGUUGAGGAACCAGCUCGCUGCAGCCGCGAGGAGCAUCAACUGGAGCUAUGCCCUCUUCUGGUCCAUUUCAAGCACUCAACCAGGGGUGCUGACGUGGACGGACGGGUUCUACAACGGCGAGGUGAAGACGCGGAAGAUCUCCAACUCCGUGGAGCUGACAGCCGACCAGCUCGUGAUGCAGAGGAGCGAGCAGCUCCAGGAGCUGUACGAGGCCCUCCUGUCCGGCGAGUGCGACCGUCGAGCGGCGCCGGCGAGGCCGGUCGGCUCGCUGUCGCCGGAGGACCUCGGCGACACCGAGUGGUACUACGUGAUCUGCAUGACCUACGCCUUCCGGCCUGGCCAAGGGUUGCCGGGCAGGAGUUUUGCAAGCAACGAGCAUGUCUGGCUAUGCAACGCGCACCUCGCCGGCAGCAAAGCCUUCCCCCGCGCGCUCCUGGCCAAGAGCGCGUCCAUUCAGUCAAUCGUCUGCAUCCCGCUCAUGGGUGGCGUGCUUGAGCUGGGGACAACUGAUACGUUGUUGGAGGAUCCGGACUUGGUCAGCCGAGCUACCGCAGCUUUCUGGGAGCCGCAAUGUCCGACAUACUCCGAAGAGCAAGAGCCGAGCUCCAACCCCCCGUCAGCAAACGAAACCGGCGAGGCCGCAGCAGACGACAUGGUUGUGUUCGAGGACCUCGAUCACAAUGCCAUGGAAAUGGAGACGAUUGCUGCCGUCGCUGGGGGAGACGGACAGGAGCUAGGAGAAGCGGAGAGCCUGUCAAACGCAAGCCUGGAGCACAUCUCGAAGGAGAUCGACGAGUUCUAUACCCUCUGCGAGGAAAUGAACGUGCAGCCACUACCACUAGAGGAUGGCUGGAUCAUGGACGGGUCUAAUUUCGAAGUCCCCUCGUCCCCGCAACCAGCGCCCCAGGGGAACCUAGCUGAUGGCUCUCGCUCGACCAGUUUCAUGUCGUGGACGAGGUCCUCGCAGUUGUGCUCCGAUGAAGCUGCGGCAGUGCCGGUCAUCGAAGAGCCGCAGAAAUUGCUGAAGAAAGUGGUGGCAGGCCGCGAUGCUUGGGCGAACUAUGGUGGUGGUGUGGGCACGAGCACGACGGGAACAGCCCAGGAAAGUGGCAUCAAGAAUCACGUCAUGUCAGAGCGAAAGCGCCGGGAGAAGCUCAACGAGAUGUUCCUCAUUCUCAAGUCAUUGGUUCCGUCCAUUCACAAGGUGGACAAAGCAUCAGUCCUCGCCGAAACUAUAGCCUACCUCAAGGAGCUUCAGCGAAGGGUACAAGAGCUGGAGUCCAGUAGGGAACUUACAUCGCGUCCAUUCGAAACGACAAGGCCAAUAACAAAAGCCCGUGGCAACGAGUGUGUCAGCAAGAAACUCUGUGCGGGCUCCAAGAGGAAGAGCCCAGAUUUCGGCGGUGACGUGGAGAAGGAGCACCCCUGGGUCCUCCCCAAGGACGGCACCAGCAACGUCACCGUCGCCGUCUCGGACAGGGACGUGCUCCUAGAGGUGCAAUGCCGGUGGGAGGAGCUCCUGAUGACGCGAGUGUUCGACGCCAUCAAGAGCCUCCAUUUGGACGUUCUCUCGGUUCAGGCUUCGGCACCAGAUGGCUUCAUGGGGCUUAAGAUACGAGCUCAGUUUGCAGGCUCCGGUGCCGUCGUGCCCUGGAUGAUCAGCGAGGCUCUUCGUAAAGCUAUAGGGAAGCGAUUUAGGGACAGCUGA